AUGCAGACGAGGGAUCGAACCCUGCCGGGUGUGGAUCAAACCCUGCUGGCACCUCUUGCCGAUAAGGUCAGAUAUACAAUUGCCUGCACUGAGGAUUGCAGCUCAAAAAAUGUAACUGCAGAAAUGGGAACCAGUAGUAAUGAUAACUUAUCACUAAACUCUGGAAAUGGGAACAAAACCUAUGGACGUGGAAGGUCACCCCGGAGUGUGGCAGCACCAGAGAGGGCAAUAAGUGAUGGGAACAAUGUAACACAGCCCAGACUAGUUCUUGAUCUCAAGGCAGAAUAUGUUGGUGUGACUUCUAUCAACUUAUCGUGGAUGGUGAACGACACUGCUUCCAACUCCUACACAUACAGGAUAGAGGUUGUAAAUGGUAGCUCCAUUAGCAAGCUGACGUCCAGUGUCAACAAAGCCGAAGUUACUGAGUUAAUCCCUGGGACAAUGUACAAUUUCACGGUAUUUGCAGUAGCAGCUGAUAAUCAGACAGAAGGAGAAGGGGCAUCCAUAAUCAUGUAUACGAAGCCCAGCCCAGUUCUUGAUCUCAAGGCAGAAUAUGUUGGUGUGACUUCUGUCAACUUAACGUGGGCAGCGAACGACACUGCCUCCGAUUCCUACACGUACAGGAUAGAGGUUGUAAAUGGUUCCCCUGUUAGCAACCUGACGUCCAGUGUCACUGAAGUUACCGAGUUAAUCCCUGGGACGAUGUACAAUUUCACAGUAUUUGCAGUAGCGGCUGAUGGUCAGACGGAAGGAGAAGGGGUUUCCAUAAGCCUGUACACAAAGCCUAGCCCAGUCCAUGAUCUCAAGGCAGAAUAUGUUGGCGUGACUUCUGUCAGCUUAACGUGGGCAAUGAACGACACUGCUUCCGAUUCCUACACGUACAGGAUAGAUGUUGUCAAUGGUUCCUCUGUUAAUAACCUGACAUCCAGUGUCCCCGAAGUUGAAGUUACCGAGUUAAUCCCUGGGACGAUGUACAAUUUCACGGUAUUUGCAGUAGCAGCUGAUGGUCAGACAGAAGGAGGAGGGGUGUCCAUAAGCCUGUAUACAAAGCCCAGCCCAGUCCAUGAUCUCAAGGCAGAAUAUGUUGGCAUGACUUCUGACAACUUAACAUGGGCAGUGAAUGAUGCUGCUUCCAACUCCUACACGUACAGGAUAGAGGUUGUAAAUGGUUCCUCUGUUAAUAACCUGACAUCCAGUGUCACCGAAGCUGAAGUUACCGAGUUAAUCCCUGGGACGAUGUACAAUUUCACGGUAUUUGCAGUGGCAGCUGAUGGUCAGACAGAAGGAGAAGGGGUAUCCAUAAGCCUGUAUACAAAGCCCAGCCCAGUCCAUGAUCUCAAGGCAGUAUAUGUUGGUGUGGCUUCUGUCAACUUAACAUGGGCAGUGAACGACACUGCUUCUGACGCCUACACAUACAGGAUAGAUGUUGUCAAUGGUUCCUCUGUUAAUAACCUGACAUCCAGUGUCACCAAAGCAGAAGUUACUGAGUUAAUCCCUGGGACGAUGUACAAUUUCACGGUAUUUGCAGUAGCGGCUGAUGGUCAGACAGAAGGAGAAGGGGCAUCCAUAAGCCUGUAUACAGAGCCCAGCCCAGUUCUUGAUCUCAAGGCAGAAUAUGUUGGUGUGACUUCUGUUAACUUAACGUGGGCAGUGAACAAUGCUGCUUCUAACUCCUACACGUACAGGAUAGAUGUUGUCAAUGGUUCCUCUGUUAGCAACCUGACGUCCAGUGUCCCCGAAGUUGAAGUUACCGAGUUAAUCCCUGGGACCAUGUACAAUUUCACGGUAUUUGCAGUAGCAGCUGAUGGUCAGACGGAAGGAGAAGGGGUUUCCAUAACCCUGUAUACAAAGCCCAGCCCAGUCCAUGAUCUCAAGGCAGAAUAUGUUGGUGUGACUUCUGUCAACUUAACGUGGGCAGUGAACGACAUUGCUUCUCGCUCCUACAUCUACAGGAUAGAGGUUGUAAAUGGUUUGUCUGUUAGCAACCUGACAUCCAGUGACACCGAAGUUGAAGUUACCGAGUUAAUCCCUGGGACGAUGUACAAUUUCACGGUAUUUGCAGUGGCAGCUGAUGGUCAGACAGAAGGAGAAGGGGUGUCCAUGAGCCUGCACACAAUUCCUGCCUCAGUGAAUUUAUUUCAAUGUGAACCAGUGGCCAAGCAGCCUUCCCUAAUGCUGAAGUGGGAAUGUCCUUCUGGCAACAAUUCUGGCUUCAAAAUUAAAAUAUCUAAUGCUACAUGGGAAAAAGAAGAACAGACUCCAUCCUGCACAAGAGGAGACUCAGAAGAAACUUGCGAAAUAGUAUCUUUAGAUUAUUUCAGCACCUAUACUGUUACUAUUGUAACUCUUUCAAAUAGUUCUGAAAGCCUUCCAGUGCAGCAAAUGUGUAAUACAAGCAUUACUGACCCACCUGCUCCAAGCAAAGCUCCUGUAGUCAAGGCAGUCAGUCACAGCUCGUUUUCUGUUGAAUUCUCUGAUUUUGAGUCAGUGCAUGGACCAUUAAAAGCCUAUGCAGUAAUGAUCAUAACAGAAAAGCAAGGUUGUGAGUCUUUGAAGUCUAAAUUGAACAACACAUACAAAGAUUUCAAGAUGACAACAGUCACCUAUGUAACAUGUGUCAUAAACACAGAGCAGGCAAAAUCACCUUGUUUCCGUUCUGAGAAUGGUACAAACAUCGUUCAUGUGGGCAAGGGAAACAAAGUGUAUGGCUACGAAAAUGGACCACUGAUUCCACUUCGUUCAUACAGGGCAAGUGUUGCAGGUUUCACAAAAAUAAACUUUACUAUGGCCAACGUCAUUGAGGAGGAAGAUAGUUACGUAUCGUUUUCACCCUGUUCUGAGGCGGUUUUGCUACCCCAGGAUCCAGGUGUUAUCGCUGGAGCUGUUAUUGGAUGCCUUUUAGCUAUACUGGCUGUAGUCACUGUAGGGGGUUUCAUAUUCUGGAGAAAGAGAAGGAAAGAUAAAAGAAAUACUGAAGUGUCCUUUUCUCCAAUUAAAGUCAAGAAAUCAAAAAUGAUUAAAGUGGAGAACUUUGAGUCCUACUUUAAGAAGCAGCAAGCUGACUCCAACUGUGGUUUUGCUGAAGAGUAUGAGGAACUCAAGUCUGCUGGUGUUCAUCAGCCCAAAUUUGCUGCUGAGCUUGCUGAGAACAGGGGAAAAAAUAGAUACAACAAUGUCUUACCAUAUGAUAUUUCUCGUGUUAAACUUUCAGAUCAAAGCUCUCCAACUGAUGAUUAUAUUAAUGCAAAUUAUAUGCCUGGCUAUAACUCAAAGAAGGCAUUUAUUGCUGCACAGGGUCCUUUACCCAAUACUGUAGAAGAUUUCUGGCGCAUGAUUUGGGAAAAGAAUAUCUACUCCGUUGUUAUGCUGACAAAAUGUGUUGAACAAGGCCGGACAAAAUGUGAACAAUACUGGCCAGACGAGCAAUCCAAGAGCUAUGGUGACAUUAUUGUGACAAUGGUCUCAGAGGUUGUCCUUCCAGAAUGGACAAUAAGGGACUUCACUGUAGAAAAGUCCAACACACCAGAGAGCCACACAGUGCGGCAGUUCCAUUUCACCUCCUGGCCAGAUCAUGGAGUGCCAGAAACAACAGACCUUCUCAUCAACUUCAGACACCUUGUUCACGAGUAUAGCAGUCAAAAUCCAAUAGACUCUCCUGUUCUGGUGCACUGCAGUGCUGGUGUCGGGAGGACGGGGACAUUUAUUGCUAUUGACCGCCUCAUUCAGCAGAUUGACAUGGAGAAUACUGUGGACGUGUACGGAGUGGUGUAUGAUCUUCGCAUGCACCGACCGUUAAUGGUGCAAACUGAGGACCAGUACGUCUUCCUAAACCAGUGUGUUAUGGAUAUUAUUAGAUCCCAGAAAGACAAGAAAGCCGAUCUUAUUUACCAAAACAUGACAGCAAUGGCAAUCUAUGAAAAUUUCACACCUGGGUCAGGCUUCGGGAAGGCCAAUGGCUACCACACAUAGCCUGGAAGGAACACGGUGUCUCCAGGAGGUGUUACCUGCACAGCGGAAAGGGGGAUGUUCUGCUCGUGUUUUCCGGGAUUGUGUGCAGUGUCUCACGCUUGGCUUCUCCAGUUCUGUCUGCAUUUGAAGACAUGAUCUACAGGAGGAAAAACACAAUGCUGGCAGGAGCUGCAGAUUGAUAUUAAAAAAAAAACCAAACCCACAACAAACCCAAGCAAAACU